AGCCAUGACGCGGCGGCGGCGUUCACCAUCGCGUCCGUCCGUUCCGUCGCGAACGCGAAAUCAAACAGAACAGGCUAAGCUAGCAGUCCGCGACAUGAAAUCGGCGUGAUUGGGUUCGCGGUCGCCAUAUUUACCUACUACUUUCCAUCCACCUGUCUGUUCAGUGAUUGUCAAUUGUUCGCGCGCGAUGAUUGGCCAUGAGCAUGUGGCAGCUUCUUAUUGAAGUGGUUCGUUCGGUGGUGACUUUUGUGUGAUUUCCAAAAGUGUCUUUCAUUGGAUUACCUUUUAUUGAGUGGUUAAUACGUUUAGAGUUAGGAUGGAAAUUAGGAGCGAGCCACCGCCGCCCCCGUCGCCAACGGCAUCCUCAGCGAUGGGUGAUAACAGCAACAGCACCGCCAGCACGAUCACCAUAACGACCGUCCCACCCUCGUCGGUAGGCGUGGCUACCCCAGCCGUGCCCGGGCCCGAUCUGGUGGGCGUGACGAUCGAGCGACCGCUUACCGGCGCCGGCUCGCCCAAUCACCAUCACAAUCACAUCCCCUCCACGCCGCAGACAGUCACCGAUUCGACUGCUACGGCGCAAUGGGGCGGAAAACAACGGCAGCAGGCGGUCGUCGUCAGGCAUGCCUUCAAGACGUACGGCAGCAAGAAGAAACCGAAUCAUGUGCUCAGUAAUCUUAAUAUGACCGUAGAAAAAGGGACGAUAUAUGGUUUACUAGGAGCAUCAGGUUGCGGCAAAACGACGUUACUAUCAUGUAUAGUAGGGCGACGACGACUGAACUCGGGAGAAAUAUGGGUCCUGGGUGGAAAACCUGGAACGAGGGGAUCGGGAGUCCCUGGAAAACGGGUUGGUAUAUUUCAGAUAUAUGCCACAAGAGAUCGCACUGUACGGAGAAUUCACGAUAAGAGAGACGAUGCAAUACUUCGGGUGGAUCUUCGGCAUGAAAUCCAAAGAAAUCAAAGAAAGGCUGGAGUUUUUGCUCAAUUUUUUGGAUUUGCCUAGUCAGAACAGAAUGGUUAAGAACCUUAGUGGCGGUCAACAACGAAGAGUAUCUUUCGCAGUAGCCCUUAUGCACGACCCAGAAUUGCUGAUUCUGGACGAACCGACUGUCGGUGUGGAUCCUCUCCUAAGGCAGAGUAUCUGGAAUCACCUGGUUCAAAUCACGAAAGACGGAAAUAAAACUGUCAUCAUCACCACGCAUUAUAUCGAGGAAGCCAGACAAGCACAUUCUAUCGGUCUGAUGAGAAGCGGCAAGCUCCUCGCCGAAGAAUCCCCUGCGGUCCUCCUGUCGAUGUAUGGCUGCACCAGCUUAGAAGAAGUGUUCCUGAAGCUGUCCAGGAAGCAGACGCAGUCGCAACAAGCUGUUCAACAACAGCCGGAACCACCUCAGUUGGCUCCGCCCAAUUGGGGCGGGAAAAAAGACGUGGCAGUAUCCAAUGAGGAGGGAGGAGUCGUAGGAUUGAACUUCCAUCAGAGCAAGGAGAUGCUUGUGGUGGAUAGCAACGGACAUUUAGAUGCUAUGGGUAAAUCGUCUCCCUCGAAAACGGUAGCAGACACAUGUCAAGACUGCGCUUCAGGCUGCUCAGAGUGGACCACAACAGGCAAACUGCGCGCCCUGCUCCAAAAGAACUUUUUGAGGAUGUGGAGGAAUGUUGGAGUCAUGUUGUUCAUCUUCGCUUUGCCCGUGAUGCAGGUGAUCCUUUUCUGUUUAGCCAUAGGAGGUGACCCGAAGGAUCUGAAACUAGCCAUAGUCAACCAUGAGGCUAACUAUACAAAUAUGACGUAUCAGUACUGUCCGACAAAGCCGGGAUGCAAGAUGGAAUUCCUAAGCUGUCGAUAUCUGGAAGCCCUAAAUGUGUCCACGAUAGAAAAAGUGUAUUAUCCAGAUCCGAAUGCUGCCAGGUUAGCUGUUAGCGAGGGCGAAGCUUGGGGAGCGAUGUACUUCACGGAAAACUUUACGGACGCUCUCGUCGCCAGAAUGGCUCUAGGAAAAGAAGCUGACGAGGAGACUUUGGAUCAGAGCGAGAUUAGAGUUUGGUUGGAUAUGUCCAAUCAGCAGAUAGGUAUAACGCUCCAAAGAGACUUGCAGCUUUCGUAUCAGAACUUUACCAAGGAUAUACUUAGGGACUGCGAUAUCAACGAAGCAUUAGCUUCACUACCUAUUAGUUUCAAAGAUCCCAUUUAUGGGUCCAACAAACCUUCAUUUACUGACUUUGUCGCUCCUGGUGUCAUAUUAACAAUUGUGUUCUUUUUGGCUGUCGCUCUAACCUCCUCUGCUCUUAUCAUCGAAAGAAUGGAGGGCCUAUUGGACAGAUCCUUCGUAGCGGGUGUAUCACCAGGCGAGAUCCUCUUCUCUCACGUAGUGACACAAUUCGUAGUGAUGUGCGGCCAAACUACCUUGGUGCUGAUUUUCAUGAUCUUAGUGUUCAAGGUGCAGUGUCAGGGUGACAUCAUCCUCGUCAUAAUCCUGACCAUUCUGCAAGGAUUGUGCGGAAUGUGCUUCGGAUUCGUCAUUUCAGCCAUCUGUGAAUUAGAACGUAACGCUAUUCAGUUGGCUUUAGGAAGUUUCUACCCUACUCUAUUGCUCAGCGGUGUAAUCUGGCCGAUUGAAGGCAUGCCCACGGUGCUCCGUUACAUAUCCACCUUCCUGCCCCUAACUUUGGCCACCACGUCACUUCGUUGCAUCAUGACCAGAGGCUGGGGUCUAGACCAUGAGGACGUGUACAACGGAUUCAUCUCGACGAUCGUGUGGAUUGUGUUGUUCUUAUCGAUCAGUUUUGCUGUGCUCAAGUUCAAAAAGGGCUGAUUGAAACAACUAAAACGGGUUGUUGAUAUGUAUAAAAGACAGUUUCGCGUAUUUUAGUAGCAUUCUGCCAAUCGAUAGAAGGAGGAAGAAAUAGUGACGAGAAAACGGUGGUGCAAUCAUAUAUGUACAAUAACAUUGAUUAUCGUAUUAUACUUAAAGCCGAAAUUCAAGAUCAAUCUAAUUCUUUUCAAACUAGAUUUCUACAUUUAUUUUUGUGCUCCGCUUUCCGCUACUGUAGCAUAGAUGGCACUAGGAGUUUUCAGAUAUCUUCUUGGGUGCUGGAAUACAGUAUGUGGUUAACCAUCUUCAGGUAAAAUACGUUAUUCAAUUAAUGCGUUUUCCCGUCCUACUUUUCUGCCCGCGGGUUCUUUAUGCCUAAGACGGUAAAGAAAGUUUAAAUGGACCUUUGACCUAUGUUCAUCGAUAACAACGAAUGUCUGCCAGGCUAGGAUCAAGUUGAAAUCGAGAUAAUAGAAUUGAUGAAUGAGUCCUUGAUUUUAGCGUUAAAGUGUAAAUUUCAAGAUGACAGUUGAGCUAUGCUUCACCAUUUUUACUUCAGAAUCCUGUUGUAUAAAGUCACUACCUUUAAAACAUCGAACUAAGACGUAUCAUGGUAUGUAUGUAUUUAAAUAUGUCCAAAUCUGUCAACUUCGUCAAGUGGACUGUCCCAUAUUUUAUUGCAAAUUCAGAUUCAUGUAUAUACAGGGUGUUAGGGAAAUAAUAUUGGUAACUUUAUGAGGUGAUUUUGCUUAGAAUAAUGCAAGGAAUCACCUCUUUAAGUUACGACUAUUAUUUCCCUAACACCCUGUAUACUUCAACACUAGAUUGUCUAAUCAAAUCAAACCACAUAUGUAUUUUGAUAUCUCUUUAUUGUGCGCUGUUCCGGCCACCACGUUGGCUUUGUUUAAGUGGUUGCCGGAACGUGGUACAAUAAACAGAUUAAAACAUAUAUCGAGUUAUGAGCGAUUCGCUAUAUAAAGACGUUCAAAUAUGACAGUCCGGUGGUCCGUCAUUCCGAUCGUAAACUUAUACUCUAGUAGUCUAGUAUUACAAAUUACUCAUAAGGAUGCCUAGCUGCGAUCUUGAAGUUUUAAUCUGGCACUUUUACGCUAAAGUACAAUAUUUAUGCGUCAAAUUCUUCAUCCCGAACUGACUGGUCCAAAAAAUAUAAUGGCAGAACCUUUUUGAAAAGCACUGUAUGUAAAUCUUUUCAAACAAUUGCAUAAGUGAUUUUCCGAGCGAAUUCUGAGUAUUUUUGUCAGAAAAGUCUCUCUAUUGGUUGGCCCAAAGUAUACCUGAGAUGUACUUGCAACAUUUAUGAUCAAAAAAGGCCGUCAUGGUUCAAACUUGCCUUAAACAAUCAUAGAAGUACGUUUUAGGAUUAGAUUUAAAUUAUUUGUUCUUUUUUGUAUCAUUUUUAUACGUUUAUAUAGCAAGGUGUUUCGAUAAUGUCAUAAACAUAUAUUCACAUUAUGGAGAAUGUAUGCAACGAUUGAAGCUAGUGUUUUUAUCUAAAACAUCACCAAAUAGUCUUUUGUAAAAUACAGUGUCCUUAGAUUAAUAUCAAUGGUGUUGUUUCUUUGAUAUGAAAAUUAAUGUAUUUUAUAUUUGCUAGCAUUCCUAGCAAUAUUUUGGCCCACCUUACGUAUUUCCAAAAACGAAUCAACCACAAAAUACAGUCUGUGUAGACCAUCUUUUAGACCAAGUUUUAAAUGCUGUUAGCAAGGUUAGAUUGGGUGAUUUCGUGGAAAUUUUAAAUUUUACUUUUCUACUAAAAUUUCUUGAUCGGUUUAGAUGAGAUGUUCUUAUAUUUGACAACCUUGAGACAUAGGCGUUGGGGCGUCUUGGUUUUUAGGUCGUUUUGCUGUCAUAUCGAUGAAUUCCACAACUAGAAUUAAGAGAGACGUAUUCAGUAAUAAAAAAUAUGUGCUCAAAUGUAAUUUUUAUAUUGUUAAUAAAUGGUAUUGUGAUGUAAUAUUUGUUAUAUAAUUAAAUAAAAUUUAGAAACUGUG